UAUAUUUAAGCGCUGUCGCGGCAGGAGUGAAUCUGUCCGCUCUCAUUCGUUCGCUCGUUGUCUGCCUGCUGGCUGGUCUGGUCUAUUCAGGCAUUCAGAACUCGGAUUCACUCGGUGUGUAGCAUUUGAUCGAGCUUGAUUUGGAUAAUUCCGGAUCCCACUGAAGAAGUGUUUUCAGGGACGAUCCGGCGGGUGGAUAUUUUACCGUGUACAGACUGAAACGAUCCUUGGUUUGUUUUCUGCGCUUUCGCAGUGUGUGACAGAUUUGCGCUCUUGGAGCUCAGCGGUUGUGUGAAGUCGUUAAAAAUAACUCGAAAUAAUACCAGAAAGUAGCAAACAGCGUUUGGAUUCUAGUGGACGUAAAUCGCUUCGAAGCCAGAGAAAGAAGAAACCCGACGGAAUAUAAGUCCGACCAGACGCUUUGAUCUGUGCUCACAUUGUUGAGGUGUUUUUAUUGGCCAGCGUUUUUUUUUGUGUCUCCGGAGGAUAAUCACACCAGUUGAGAAGAAAUUGUGAUUUCUAUUCAUGCCGUAGCCGAAAGUGGUGGUCAUUAUUCAAAUGAGGCUGAGCCUGUGUUGAAAUUUGUGUACAUUAACCUACUUCGGAGUUUUGACCGGGACACAAUCAGAUUUUCUGUAGACGAAACCGAUUUGUGUCCGGAGUGAUCGUCGGUUUACUACUUCCCCACAGUGUGAAAUUGUGUGACCGGUUCUUUCUUUUCCAACAGAAACAGCGAACAACUGAACCAGAGAUUCUACAGCAGGACGCACGCACUUCUAUCGGUCUCCAGAUUCAUUAAUUUAUAAGUACCUCUAGCACCGUCGACAGUAUUAUGUCCAAUUCAUAUGUGACGAGUAACGCGAGACCAACUGCACGAUGGAAGCGUUUCCUCAAAUCAAAUUUACUCACCUUCCUCACGGUGCUCGGUGUGUUCGGUGGCACAACGUUAGGAUUAGUGCUCAAAGGACAAUCAGAACCAUGGACGCAGCGAGAAGUGAUGUACAUCCAGUAUCCAGGAGAUUUGUUCUUACGGAUGCUGAAAUGUCUGAUCGUGCCAUUGCUGGUAUCCUCCAUUACCAGCGCAAUCGGCUCGCUGGAUCUCAGCAUGUCGAAAAAGAUAGCAUUUAGGGCAAUUAUCUAUUACUUCAUCACCACGGUCUGUGCUGUGGUGCUGGGCAUCAUUCUUGUCAGUACGAUACGGCCCGGAUCGGGCAAGGAAAUGGGCAGCAUGAAGGGUAAGGCUACCACCCGACAAGUACUCACCGCCGAUACGCUUUUAGAUUUAAUCCGAAACUUAUUCCCACCGAAUAUAAUACAAGCUACCAUGUUCCAGUUUCGCACGCUUCUAGUCUCACCGGGAAAUGCCACUGAUGUUCCUCUCCAGCAGUACUCAAUCAAGUCGGAAUUCACCGAGGGUACCAAUGUGCUCGGUCUUGUCAUGUUCAGCAUAGUAUUGGGUGCAUGUAUCGGUAAAAUGCGGGAAGCCGGGCGACCCCUGCAGGCCGUAUUCGAAUCGCUAAGCGAAGCAAUGAUGAUCAUCACCUCAUGGGUUAUCUGGAUAUCACCGAUCGGUGUGUUCUUCCUGGUGGCCGCCAAACUGCUCGAGAUGGCAUCGUUCACCGAGGUACUCGGACAGCUCGGCUGGUACUUUAUAACGGUUAUGUUGGGACUGGUGUUGCACGGAUUCGGCACAAUAUCGGUAAUUUUCUUCAUUGCAACCCGGAAGAUCUCGUUCCCCUAUAUUGCUCAAAUGAGUCAAGUGCUGGCCACUGCCUUCGGAACUGGAUCCAGCUCGGCUACCAUGCCGAUCACGAUCCGAUGCUUGGAUAACAUGGGCAUUGAUCCACGUGUAACCCGAUUCGUUAUACCGGUUGGAGCCACCAUCAACAUGGACGGAACUGCUCUGUACGAAGCCGUUGCCGCCCUCUUCAUAGCGCAACUGCGACAAAUUCCACUUUCGUUCGGUCACAUAGUCGCUGUAAGUGUAACUGCCACUGCUGCAUCAAUCGGUGCCGCAGGUAUCCCGCAGGCCGGUUUAAUUACCAUGGUCAUGGUAUUGGAUACCGUUGGGUUGCCAGCUGAAGAUGUGACGAUCAUUAUCGCCGUUGAUUGGCUACUUGACCGAUUCCGCACGACCAUCAACGUCAUGUGUGACGCUCUGGGAACGAUACUCGUGAACGCUCUUUCGAAGAACGACUUAUCAUCGGUUCCGAUUGAGAUGCGCACAUAUUAAAAUGGACCAUUCGAAACUUUAUAUAAUCAUAUAUAGUUAUUAGCACGACGCCGAACCGCACGAGUUGGUCGAGCUCCGACAAGAUUGCAAUGAAAAAGAGUGAAGACAUCCCCCCAUCGAAUGUACCAUGUCAACCGAGAUCCGAAUUACUCUUGAAUUUCCCAUUUUAGUAUUCACCGUAAGGGUUAGCGUAUCAAAUCGAAGAAGACACAAAUAAUCUCCGUACCUCUCAUCCCGAGAUACGAAUGUGUUUUGGGCACUCAUGAUCAUCUAGCGUCGAAUGUUAUCAUGAGCGGAGUGAACAACAACAUGCUGCCGAAAGUGAUGAUACAUGGGAAAUCAUUUUCCCCUAAGGGGAUUCGAAUGUGAAGAAUGACGAAACAAAACUCGCUCCUUGUCUCCUGUCUCUACCUGUCUGUCUCAGUAACAUCGCCUCGUUUGUUAGAUAUAGCCAAUAGUGAGUGAAGAACACGAGCCAUUAUUAACAAAUGACUUGUAAUCCAACGUGUGUUAAUGUGUGGUUUUGCAUCCCCCAAUCUAUCCGCAUAAUAUCAAAUGAAAAUCCAAUCAACUUUGGAGCGACUUCACAGAGCUUGCACCGGUGCUAAACUCGACGAAGACUUCUCAAGCGCGGAAAGCCAAUAGAAACUCAAUGAAUUUGUCGUAUACUAGAAAUACAAGUAGUUUGUACAAGCUUAAGUCUAACAUUGAUGUUAAUAUUAACUGUAUAUUUUAAAAUACUUACAAAUAUACUUUGAUAAUUUA